AUGGUGACUAUAUGGUUACAUUGGGAUACAGAUUUAUGUGCUACAAUAGAUGGUGUAAACAUGCCAAGUAGGUCUGGCAAUGACUUUUUGAGUUGGAGAAAGCUUUGGAGCCUAACACUGCCACGAAAAAUAAUUAUUUUCAUAUGGAGGGUGCUAAAUGGUUGUCUUCCCACAAGAGAGGCUUUGAUUCGACGUCGCAUUAAUAUUGAUAUAGGUUGCCCAUUAUGUGAUGCUCAACCAGAACCAGACUUCCAUAUCCUAUGCGGUUGUCUCUUUGCCAGAGUAGUUUGGCUAGUUUCUAAAUGGGCGUUCAGGAAUAUUGCUCAAGAUUUUUCUUCUCUAGGUGCAUGGAUCAUGGCACUUCUUCAACAUGUUGAUAAGGCUGAUGUUGAGGAAAUUUUAUCUAUUAUGUGGGCGCGAUGGAAAUCAAGAAAUGCAGCUAUUUUCAAACAUGAGAAAAAGGCCCCUCGGGAGGUUGUCGAGUUGGGCACUGACAUGUGCUUCCAAUAUCAACAAGCAAUGGGUGGAGGAAGGCCGAAUCUAUUGACAACUGCACCUGAUGCAAAACGGUGGAGACUAACUGUGGGAAUAAAAUUGAAGUGUGAUGCAUCUAUUUAUAAGUUGGACGGCGCAAGGUGGGCGGGUGCCGGUUUUAUCCUUAGAAAUUCAAAUGGUGAUUUUUUGUUAGCGGGUGGGGUAAAAUUUGAUUAUCUUUCAAAUGUGGCGAUGGCUGAAUUGAAAUCCUUAUUGUGGGCCCUCUUGAUAUGUAGCAAAGAAUAUGUGUUGGUGACUCAAAUUGAAAUUGAUUGCAAGCAGGUGGUGAAUUGGAUUAAAAGCAAACAAUUCAAUGGUGAAAUGGGUCACGUUAUUGAGGAUUGUUGCAUGGUGAUGAAUCCAAUUAAUUGUUCCUCUAUUGAGCAUUGCAAACGGGGAGGAAAAUGGGAUGGCUCAUAA